AUGCCAACGUACACCGCUGAAGAGCUCGUCAAGCGUGUUCCGUCUUGCACCAAGGAAGCGUCAGAGUCUGGCGAUCUGCUGUACUUCCCCUCCGACCAGUACACGUACGAGGAGAAUGGAAUCGCUUUCCGCAUCAGGCAUUGUCCCGCUCUCCUGCACAAGCCGGUGUUGCCAAUUCCGGACUUUACCCAAUCACCCGUCGAGAAGAAGGACCCAUUCGCACCCCCCUAUGUAGAGAAAUUAGUCAUAGGUGCGCUUGAUGGAGGUGAGGGUGAGUCGCAGUAUGUAGCCCUGUUGAACAAGUACAGUGUGGUGCCGAAUCAUUUCUUGCUGGUAACCAAGGAGUAUGAAUCCCAGGGCACUCCACCAUCGCCAGGAGACCUUGUAGCCACAUACAGCCUGUUGCAGGCAGCUCAUCGAGUUGGACGGGAGAUCUUCGCAUUCUACAACUGUGGCGAGCAGAGUGGAGCAAGUCAACAUCACAAGCAUCUGCAAUUCCUUUCGGAGGAGGAGGACGGGUUAACCGAAGGCCCGCCAAUAGAAAGGCUUGCGCAUGCAGCUCAUGUUCUAGAUGAAACAAGACCGUUCGCCCUCUCACAACUUCCUUACGCUCAUUAUGUCUAUCGGCUACCGUCGUCUGCAGCAUCAUCACAACCCCAAGAUCUCGAACACAUAUUAUCGAGAGGGUUCAUCCACCUCCUAGAUCUCGUGUUUGACACGCUGAGGCGACAACCGGAGCCCACGUAUGGUUCAGUGUCAUACAAUGUGCUCAUCACACUGCGUCACAUACACAUUAUACCUCGAAUGCGAGAGACCCACAAGCUGCGGGAGACGGGAGACGAGCUCAGCAUCAAUGCGCUCGGCUUUGCUGGGAUGCUUCUUGUGAAGAGUGAGAGGGAGCUGGAUGCAGUGAGGAAGGAGGGUGUGAGUGUCAUACUAAGAGGAGUGGGGUGUGCACCGAUCCGCGAUGCCGAACUCGCUCCUCAGAUCACAGAGCCGGCCGAGGAGGCCUCAUAG